AAGGAGAUUUCGGAUCAACCGGAUCGACAAGAAGGAAUGAAUGAAGAAAGCUUUAAAGAUGAGAUUUAUAAACGGAUUUGGACGAUUGAUUAUGGAUUAAGGAUCGCUGGAAUUGAGAUGAUCAACAAACGUAAAAGUCAUAAAUCAUUAAACUUUAAACGAAUCUCAUCAAUCAAAAGUCAACAAACCAACAAAUCGAUCAGUCCAUCCAAAGUGUUAAACAACACCACCCAUCAGUUUCGAAAUUAUCCAUCGAUUUUAGAAUUAAGAGAAAGUUUAUUAGGUAAAACUCAGCAGCGAAGAUCGAUUGAAAGUUCUGCGGAAAGUUUGGGCGGUUUGAAAACUUCGAUUGGGUCUAGGAAAAGUACAAGGGUGGGAAGGAGUGGAAGGGUUUUGGAGGCACUGGAUGGGUUGGAGUUUGGGGCUAUUGGGGGGUUUGGGGUCACUGAACUUGGGUCGGGUUCUAAGAAUGGAGAAUUGAUGAAAUCGAUUAGACUUCAUGUUUCUCCUCCUUAUGGACCUUGAAAUUAACUUUUUAAUUGGGAUUCAACUCGAUGGGUAUCUUGGUUUUGUCACCAUGGGGGUUUUGAUAUCGAUGAGGUUAUUUGAUUUUUUUGUAGGAUCGUCAUCCUCAUCGUCAUCAUUGUUGUUGUUAUUGAUUAUUGUUAGGGUUUUCUUUGCUAUGAUUAUUAUUAUUAUUAUUGAUGUUGUUGUUGAUUGUAAUGAAUGAAACUAUUGGAACAACUUA